GUCCUUCGUCCCUUCACUACUAAUCUUUAAUAAUCUUAAACACCAAUCGCGCGCAUUCAUUCUCAGCAACCUAUCUGUUACUUGCUAGGAUGCCGUCCUACAUUAUCGCAACUCCAUUCGGCCUUGGGCUCCCAUAUCCUGCUUUAUUUGUUGUUCCUGACAAACAUGCUACAAAGCGAAGACCGUCUCGUUACUUCUGGGAGAAAGUUGUCGCUCCACCCCAGCCAGCUCCUCCUGCCCCACUCGAAGGCGAAAACAAUACCUCGGCUUCACCAAAUCAAUGGCUCGAGGACGAUUCCCCAGGAUUGAGUGAAAGCGAAGAUGAAGAGUCGAGACUUCCACCGCCACGUGUGCUUCCUUCCAAGAAGAAAAGCUUUGCUAGGAUUCGCGAGAUCGCGUUUCGAGCAUUCAUACCAAAAGCAGGCAGCAAGAAAUCCAGCACAGUGAUCGCUACCGAAGUGGUCUCACAUCAUCAAACAAAUGACCAUCAGAGUGCAGACGAGAAGGGUAGCUCAAUAUUUACCAGUUGGCGUAUCAAAUCGAGGGGUGCCAAUACUCGGAUCAAGAAGCUUACUGCGAAAGUCAAACGCCGCAUCAACAGUCGUAGUCCUCCAGACCAAAUACCUAAGACUUGGGAAGAGUACCACAAGCUCUAUGCUAAGGAACAAAUCGAUAUUAAUGACCCACCGCCACCCCCAACCGAACCAAACAAAGAUGCACCAACACCCUGGGAAAUCAAGUGCUAUGCCCCACCUCUCGCUGACGACGAGCCAAUCCGACAGCUAGUCCUCAAUCGUCUCGGCAUGUUUGGGAAGGGGUUCGAUUCAUCGGAUGAGGCAGCCGCACGGUCUCACCAACGAGACAUGGCAGCAGAAGCACUUGAAGCAUCAGGUCAAGUACCCGAAACUCUUUCAGAGGCAUGGGAGCGAAGUUCUACAACGUCUUCGGAUAUGAGUCAGGAAGCCACUCGCGCAAUGAUGAAUACAUUGAGAGCAAGUAAAAUCCCACCGGAGACACUCGAACAUCAUCCUGUCUUCAGGAAGAUUGUCAGACAAUGUCGUGAAACGUUUGGUGCUUCUAUCAGUUUGCUCAGUGUCAUGACUGAACAUAGCCAGAUCUUUCUGGCCGAGUCUGGUCUUCCUUCUAUGAGAGAGGCUCCUCGUGAAGCCACCAUUUGUACUCACACGGUGUUGAGUGGACGUAAAGGAUUUACCAUACUGGAUACGCAUAAAGAUUGGAGGUUCGCGUCAUCACCGCUAGUCUCAUCCGUUGGUGCUCGGUUCUACUCAGGUGUACCACUCCUGGCGCCCAAUCUUGAUGGGUCACCAGAGUCAGACGAGGCAGCUUGUCCGAUAGGUACCUUAUGCAUUGUCGACGAUAAGCCACGUGAAGAAUUUGGCAUCGAGGAACGCAAGAAGCUUGUUUACAUGGCAGAAUAUGCCCGGCGUGAGAUCGAGAAAUGGUUUCAGAGCAAACUAGCUGUUAAGGUGGAAGGACUUGAAGAAACACAUAAGACCUUUGUGGAAGACCUUCAAAAAGUUGAAGCCUUGGAAGAGGAUUCUGAAGCACUACCAUGGGAAAACGAUAGUGAAGUGAUUAAUCAUCCAUACCCGCAACCUAACCAGGGACAAGGGAAUUUGAGCAUCCGCAGAUCACCUUCUCAAGCCAAUUCAUUAUCCAAAUCUUUAACCAAAUCCAAAAGCUCUUUGAUUUCGAAACGCCCCAGCUUGUUUGAUGAUCCGACGUCAAUGAUUAGGCCGAGGAUGCAAAAGGUCUUCGAUCUAGCGACUAAGCUCAUCGGCGACUCGAUCAAUUUCUCCUUGGUAUACCUCCUCGCUGUUUCUCCACACGGUGAUUCGAAGGACAUGGGUCGAACAAUGGUCAUCUCUGGCUACAAUUUACCAGCUCGGAGUCCCGAUUAUGAUGCCGGCUUACAUUUACGAACCAACGCUGGCGGUUUCGUGAUCGGCGGUUUUACCAUCGACCCCAAGCGAGUCUUUGGAGGUGAAGAUGUCGCGUAUAUGAAACGAUUUGCUGGUGAAUUAACUCGUUACACUAGCAAAUUGAGACUUUAGCUUCAUCUGAUGAUCUUGCUAUUCAUACACGAUCAUGGUUGUCAUCACCUAAUUAUCAUCGAUAUUUCUGUCCACAUCAAUCAUCUUUGUGAAAUACCGAUCCCUGCUAUCUUUUUCCUCUUCUGAAGAUGUAAUACUGAACGUCCACUCACAUCCCAUUAAUUUUUACUGAAAAGCUUGCUGACUUUUGGUCCUCUAAGGAUAUAAAUGCGACUAUACUUUUAUCAAUCGCGCGUACCCGGAAUAUUCAUUAAUUUCUCAUCUCUAUUUCUCUGUAUUUGACUCGAAUAUUCUACUAUCUCUUGUGUCUUUCUUUUCAUAUCAAGUACCUUUUUUCAGUUCGUCUGAUGCUAAUUUUGUCAUAGGUAUUGCACUAUUCUUUAGGUCUGCGGAGUGUAAUAAAUUGUUUUUAAUGAGUU